AGGGAGCCUGCUUCUCCCUCUGCCCCCUCCUCCCGUCUACCCAACUUGUGUGUGCGCUUUCUCGCUCUCUCUCUGAAAAAUAAUUAAAUAAAAUCAUUUUUAAAAAAAUAAAAAUGCCAUUUAAAAGCCACCUACCUUGGGCUGAGCUCUCCUCACAAGUGAAUGUGAGCUCCGGAAGGCCCAUGGGCAUCAGGAAGGUCAAGGCAUAGGGUUGGGGUUGGUGGCCCUCCAAAGCCCCCUCUGCUGACUCUCUUUCCCCUUCCAGGCCCAGCUGCUUCAGUGGGCAUCGUGGCCAUGGAUGUGGCUGAAUACCACCUGAGCGUAAUCAAGAGCCCCCCUGGCUGGGAGGUGGGUGUCUACACUGCUGGGGCCCUGGCACUGCUGGGAAUUGCAGCGGUGAGCCUGUGGAAGCUCUGGACAUCGGGGAGCUUCCCCAGCCCCUCCCCGUUCCCAAACUACGACUACAGGUACCUUCAGCAGAAGUACGGGGAGACCUACGCAGAGGCCAAGCAGAAGAGAGUGCCUGCUUGGAAUGCCCAGCGGGCCAGCACUCGGGGACCACCCAGUCGCAAAGGCAGCCUCAGCAUUGAGGACACCUUUGAGAGCAUCAGCGAGCUGGGGCCCCUGGAGCUGAUGGGCCGGGAGCUGGACCUGGCCCCCUACGGGACCCUCCGCAAGUCCCAGUCGGCGGACUCCCUGAACUCCAUCUCCUCCGUGAGCAACACCUUCGGGCAGGACUUCACGCUGGGCCAGGUGGAGGUGAGCAUGGACUACGAUGCGGCCUCCCACACCCUCCACGUGGCUGUGCUGCAGGGCAAGGACCUCCUGGAGCGGGAAGAAGCCGGCUUCGAGUCCUGCUUCAUGCGCGUCAGCCUGCUGCCCGAUGAGCAGAUCGUGGGCAUCUCCCGGAUCCAGAGGAAUGCCUAUUCCAUAUUCUUCGAUGAGAAGUUCUCCAUCCCCCUGGACCCUGCCGCCCUGGAGGAGAAGAGCCUGCGGUUUUCUGUGUUUGGCAUCGAUGAGGAUGAGCGGAAUGUCAGCACAGGGGUGGUGGAGCUGAAGCUCUCUGUGCUCGACCUCCCACUGCAGCCCUUCAGCGGCUGGCUCUACUUACAGGACCAGAACAAGGCUGCGGACGCUGUGGGCGAGAUCUUGCUGUCCCUCAGCUACCUCCCGACGGCUGAGCGCCUCACGGUGGUGGUGGUGAAAGCCAAGAAUCUCAUCUGGACCAACGACAAGACCACAGCAGACCCCUUCGUCAAGGUGUACCUGCUUCAGGAUGGGCGGAAGAUGAGCAAAAAGAAGACGGCUGUGAAGAGGGACGACCCCAACCCAGUGUUCAACGAAGCCAUGAUCUUCUCGGUGCCAGCCAUCGUGCUCCAGGACCUGUCUCUCCGUGUGACGGUGGCUGAGAGCAGCAGUGACGGCCGAGGGGACAACGUGGGCCAUGUCAUUAUCGGGCCGUCAGCCAGCGGCAUGGGCACCACACACUGGAACCAGAUGCUGGCCACGCUGCGUAGGCCCGUGUCCAUGUGGCACGCCGUUCGGCGAAACUAGCAGUCAGCAAAACGGGCCGGGGUGGGCACCGAGCUGCCCGGGGCCUGGCCCAUGCUCAGCUCCGAUGCCCCUCCCUAGUCCAGUGGGAGCCAUGAGUGCUGGGGUCCCCCACCGGAGCCCCCAUGAGCCAUCUUGGUCCUUCUGUCCAGACUGCAACGGAAGAGUGGGCCUGGCCAGGUGUCUAGGAACCCAGGGUUUUCUCCCACGGAGGGCCAGCUGGAACUGGGCCACGACCCAGGAAAGGCAGCCUGGCACUGGCCCAUCAUGCUCCCAUUUUGAGAUCCCCAACCGGCCUGUCCCUCAGCCUGGGGUGUUGGGGCUUAGUCUCUCAGGGCUCUCCACGCCCCACCCCUGCUGGGAGGCCAGGGCUAAGCUGGGUCAUGUACGGGAAACUCGUGAGUCUCGGGGGCCAGACGCUGUGCUAGACACCAGCAGACACGACACGAAGAGGACACGGCCCUUAGGAUGGCCGGAAGACAAGACCCCCCUGCGCUGGGGAUCCGCUCAGUGCUGGACGCGGCCGGGGCAGAGCUCUGGGGGCUGCAGGGACAAGAUGGGAGCCGUGCCCUGAGGGGCAGGAGAGGAACUGAGUAUCGCAGGCAGGCAGCCAGCCCAAGCAAGGUGGACAUGAACUUCCCCGACACAACCUGUCCUCAGCCUCUGGGCAGGAGAAGUGACCAGGAGACUAGGCCAAGCAGAGGCCUGCAGGUGGACGCUGGCUCUGGAGUCACGCUCUAUGAAAUCCGCUCCCUUGAUCCAUAACCCUUGCAAGGCCCAGAGGUCCUUGUGUUCGGUCUCAACUGAAUUAGGCAUUGGCUCCAUACCUCCAGGCCAGGCCCUAUUGGGAAGAAAGAUGCCUCAGCCUGUGGGUAGCUGGUGGGCAGCGGGGCAGGCAGAAUACAGACUGCAGGGGGUCCGUGGGAGAGGCCUUUGUGGGCCUUGGAGGAAAGGGGCGGCCUGAGCAGGGACAGUGAGGGGAAGUCGAGGGGCAUCCGGAUUGAGAGCAGUGGGGUGGGGGGGGAGCAGGUUUGAAUGCCAGACUGGGAAGGAGGUGGCACCCAGUGUCCUAGGUCAUAGUUCUAGAAGCGGAUCCUGAGAUUCUCAGGCAAGGGGUUGGUUGGGAGGGGGGCAGGGAGCCUUUCUCCCUCUGGAGAAGACUGGAGGGCAGAGAGGAAAGCCAUGAGCAGGGGCAGAAGCUAAGCAUGUUAUGGCUUCUGGAGUGUCUAGCUCUAGCCUGAUGGCCUGAGGACCUCUGUUGUGUGACUGGCCCCCCAGAGGGGUCCUGCCGAGAAGCAAAGGGGCUGGGCUCUUUAGCCCCACAGGGCUUUGGCUACCACCCCCCACCCCCCAGCUGAGGAAGAGCGUGCAUACUUUCCAGCUGUCCCUGGCUGAGGCAGCCCCCAUCCACCAGAGGCGGCCUCAGAGAAGCAGGCAGCUGAGGGGUGGGUGCCCCUGCCAGUUCAGAGGGAUGGGGUGGGGGAGGGUGGUAUCUGCUCCCUGGGGCCACCCACAGGUCAGGGCAGGGCUCUCGGGCUGGCUGCCUCUGGCACUGGUGAGCUAGGGAGACCCAGGCCCAACCAGCGCCCCCCCCACCCAGUGCGGCUGGGAGAGCCCAGGGUGGUCAUGGGACUGGAGGCAGAACUGUGGCCCUCCCCACCUGACACGGCUGUGGCCCAGCCCUGGGGCCGGCACCAGGAGGUCUGCACGGGGUCCUUGGACACCGCUGGUGAGCCUCUGCAGCCGGGGCGACCCAGACUCUUCCUGCCCCAGUGACUAAGCAGCACAGGCAGGCCAUUUACACCCCCCUUCUCUUCCCCCUCCUUCCCUCCCUCUAACUGCAUGAACUGUGGACUGUGUACCGGGGACGGGCACGGUGGGGACCGAGUCUGCUGACUGGAAUGAUUCUAGAACCAAAAUAAAGCUGGGGCAGGAAGGAGGGGGCUUCCGGGGAGCCUGGCUCAGCCCCAAAUCAC